UGUCCCAAGUUGUCAGCCCAGCGACUGUGGUCCUCCACCAGACCAGGAGAAUGCGAUCUACACUGCAUCAGGCUACGCAAUUGGGAACUGGGUACACUACGCCUGUGAUGAAGGCUAUAUUCUGUAUGGGAGAAACAGGAUACUGUGCACGAGAAAGGGAUGGUCCAAAACUACUAUGUCUUGUCAGAAAAUAAUGUGUGACCAUCCACCGAUAAUCAGCCAUGGAACGGUGACUCAGGGAGAGGAGUGGACGUACGGGGCCGAGGCGAUUUAUUCCUGUGACAAGGGAUAUACCUUGACCGGUCAAGAGACCAUUCACUGCAUGGAUUCCGGGGCCUGGAGUCACCCACCUCCAAACUGUACAGUGCAAUGUGAACGACCCAGAAAUUUGAACAAUGCAAUCAUUUAUCCAGAUCAACACAUCUAUUAUUAUGAAGAUCAUGUUACCUUCAGCUGUCAUCCUGGAUAUAUACUGAUGGGGAGCAUUGAGAGUGUGUGUGUAGGAAGAGACACCUUUGACCCUCCCCCACCUACCUGCAAGAAAGAUCAAAUGGCACAAAACCAUGAUCUCAACAUCAUAGGGGCUGUCUGGCAUUACCUGGAGAAACAGAAGCGAGCGAGACAGCCAAAGUCUGCAGCAGAACUGUGA